AUGCAGGCACCGGUCGUCGUGAUGAACACCCAAAAGGGGGACCGACAGGUCGGUCGGCAGGCUCAAUUGUCGAAUAUCACUGCGGCAAAGACUGUUGCGGAUAUUAUUCGAUCAUGCCUCGGCCCCAAAGCCAUGUUGAAAAUGUUGUUAGACCCCAUGGGUGGUAUUGUACUGACGAACGAUGGCCAUGCAAUUCUCCGAGAAAUAGAAGUCGCACAUCCCGCUGCAAAGAGCAUGAUUGAGCUCAGCCGCACGCAAGACGAGGAAGUCGGAGACGGAACUACAACGGUCAUCAUUUUAGCCGGUGAAAUGCUCGCGCAAGCUCUGCCCCAGCUUGAACGAAAUAUCCACCCGGUUCAGAUCAUCUCCGCAUUUAAGCGAGCUCUCAACGACGCUCUUCAGAUUGUCGAGGAAAUCUCAGUCCCUGUCGAUAUCGAUAGCGAUAAAGCGAUGUACAGCCUCAUUCAGUCGUCGAUUGGUACAAAAUUUGUCUCGAGAUGGUCGGAUCUCAUGUGCAGCCUUGCUCUGAAGGCAGUCCGUACGGUAUCGUUGCAAGUGGGUGGUGGGAAACAAGAGGUGGAUAUUAAGCGAUACGCUCGAGUGGAGAAGGUCCCUGGCGGCGAGAUUGAGGACAGCGAGGUUAUCGAUGGUGUGAUGGUCAAUAAAGAUAUUACUCACCCAAAAAUGAGAAGGCGGAUCGAAAAUCCAAGGAUCGUCCUAUUGGACUGUCCCCUUGAGUAUAAGAAAGGCGAAUCUCAAACCAAUAUCGAGGUUUCGAAGGAGGAGGACUGGAAUCGGAUACUGCAAAUCGAAGAAGAACAAGUCAAGUAUAUGUGCGAUGCGAUCUUGGCCCUCAAACCAGACAUCGUUAUCACCGAAAAGGGUGUUUCCGAUUUGGCACAACAUUUCCUGGUCAAAAAUAACGUUACUGCCCUUCGCCGUGUCAGAAAGACUGAUAACAACCGUAUCGCACGUGCCACAGGCGCCACUAUUGUCAACCGUGUCGACGAUCUGCAAGAAUCCGACGUCGGAACCAAGUGCGGCUUAUUCGAGAUCGAAAAGAUUGGUGAUGAGUAUUUCACUUUCAUGCGAAAAUGCAAGGAUCCCAAAGCUUGCACAAUCCUGUUGCGAGGCCCGUCUAAGGACAUCCUAAAUGAGAUAGAGCGGAACCUUCAAGACGCCAUGUCUGUUGCUCGCAACGUUAUCUUCCACCCUCGUCUAUCACCGGGAGGAGGUGCGACAGAAAUGGCCUUGUCCGUCAAGCUUCAGCAACUGGCGAAGUCCGUUGAGGGUGUACAACAAUGGCCGUACAAAGCGGUUGCCGAGGCCAUGGAGGUCAUUCCCCGAACCCUUGUCGAAAAUGCUGGUGAAAGCCCUAUCCGAGUACUUACCAGCCUGCGUGCUAAGCAUGUGGAGGGACACACCAGCUGGGGUGUUAACGGUGAGACUGGCAGAAUUGUUGAUAUGAAAGAGUAUGGUGUCUGGGAACCCGAAGCUGUCAAGCUCCAAAGUAUCAAAACGGCUGUUGAGUCUGCAUGCCUUCUGCUUCGUGUGGAUGAUAUUUGCAGUGCCAAAUCUGCCCAACAGGCCGGCGCGAAUAUGGGUGGUGGAGAAGAGUAA